AGUCGAUCAAUCUUCAACAAUGGCACCGUCACCAACUUCUCUCGAUAAGUUCCUCCAUGGCAUCAACAAUGGCAAUUUGGAGCUCAUGUUGAGCGCCUUCGCUUCGGAUGCUGAAUUAGUCGAUGAUGGCAAGAGCUUCACAGGCGAAGGGAUCAAAGCGUUCUGUGGCCCUGGCCUCAUCGGACAUCAUGGUCGAGUCGAAAUCCUUGAAAGAGAACUCCGCAAGGAUGGCAAGGUCUUUCAGCAUAUAAUGAUGGAUGGCGACUUUGGCGAGGGCUUCGGCAUACACGAACCAUUUGAUUUGUACCUUCUUGCCACCAUCGAGAACGACAAGAUCAGGUACUUGGAGGUGGGCGAUGUUGAUCCCCGAAAACCGACAAUCCGCACAGUCUAUGCUGCGUCCGGUAACUCUACAGAUCCACUGUCCUCAAUUAGAAUCAACAGGCGAAAUCUUCCAAAACCCAAAGAGGGAUGGGUCCGAGUCAAGGUGCAAGCAGUUGGCCUGAACUUCCAUGAUAUUUUCACCCUUCGUGGAUUAGGACUGCACGAGAUCCGGUACCCUAUGAUUUUGGGCAAUGAAGGUGCAGGCAUUCUCGAAGAUGGGACGGAAGUUGCGGUUUAUCCAAAUCUUGGAGACUCCGACUUCAAAGGCGACGAGACCCUUGACCCAAAGAGGCACGUACUAGGUGAAGUUGUACAAGGUACGCUGGCCGAGUACAUUGUGGUGCCGAAGCGGAACGCUGUCCCAAGACCACAGGGCUUGGACGCGAAAGAUGCAUCUGUUAUGGGAAUUGCCUGGUUGACGGCGUACCGUAUGAUGUUCAAGCAGGCAAGCUUGCGUCCUGGGCAAACGGUGUUGGUCCAAGGCUCCUCAGGCGGUGUAACCACUGCUCUGAUUCAACUCGGGUCAGCAGCUGGCUUCCGUGUAUGGGCCACGGGUCGCACAGAGGCCAAACGAGCACUUGCCACGCGGCUGGGUGCCGAGCGUACAUUCGAACCUCUCGCAAAGCUUCCCUACCUUGUAGAUGCCGCCUUUGAUACGUCUGGAGCCACGACAAUUUCUCACUCGUUGGGAUCAGUGAAGCCGGGAGGCACAGUUGUGUCUUGUGGCAUCCAUUCAGAAGGAGGUUCGACGGAGGUGAAGAUCGACCUGUUGCAUCUCCUGGCAAAUCAGACUAUUCUGACUGGAGUCUACACUGGGACCAGGGAGGAGUUUGUCGAUUUGUUGAAUUUUGUGGCCGUCAAGGGAAUCAAACCUCACAUUGGAAAGGUGCUGCCGCUGGAAAGGGCAGACGAAGGGCUGAAGGACAUCUGGGAAGGAAAGACCGAAGGCAAAAUUGUCGUCACAAUUUGACAGUUCACACCUCAUGAAGAUUCAUGACGAAGACUUGGAACAGAACUCCAGUAGGGGCUGAGACGAGGGCAAUGUUGGCCUUGGUGAACAUCAUUAUGUCGAAAUUGCUUGAUCAAUCGCUGGGAUGUUAGUAUAUUGCGGUGUGAUUACCACGUCGGUGAAGUCGUUCUCAGUCCAAUCCAAACACGAGCAGUGUAAUCC